AUGAUUAACGGACCAAUUUCUCCACCUGCAUCUCCUCUGGAAAACAUGAAGACAAAACCUGUUGUUAAACUGAAUCCAGGCCACUGCAGAACCGUGGUGCCAGUAAAUAGAACCAGUGAUAUCGAGCGGGCCACGCUUACGCUGGCCAAAGCCUUCGUGGACUCGAAGGCUAAUGACUACCUCAUGAAGAAGUUCGUCAACAUCCCAAUUGACGAGCCAGUGUCCAAGAUGCGCAUCAACGCUGUUUUGCACUAUUUCAACACCCUGUAUUCAGAUAAGGGCGGGGAAAUUGUUGAGGCCAACGAUUUCGACGCCGUGGCUGUCUGGAGUGCCCCUGGUCGUCACAUUGACCAGGACUAUACAAACGACCCAGCUUUCAACAAGAUUUUCUUUGACGACUUGCACGACAAGCGCGAAGCGAUCUUGCAGGACAUAGAUUGCUACUACUUGUUCAUCAUUGGCAAAGACCUGACGCAACCCGAGGUUCGUGGUUCAGUCAGAGCCAUUUUUGAACACUACAAACAAAAAGCUGACGCCGAAGGCGUCGCUUUGGUCUUGGAGGCCAUUAGCGAGCAUGCCAAAUCCGUUUACGAGUAUUUUGGCUUUAAGAAUUACUACACUUUCACCUACGGUGUUGGUGAAGUUGAUUCGAACGGUAACCCCGAUCCUAACGGAGAAGGUUUCGUGGGUUACUUGAUGUUAUAUUAUAAGGGCGACUUGCCAGGCGCAACGGACAUGUAA